AUGGAGAUCCAGCCAGGAAUCUACUUCACCCCGCGGCCAUCGGGGCCCACGACCGACCCUCAACAAGAUCGCAGCUCGGCGCUCUAUUCGCUGCCAGAAGCGGUCGCAGACGAUCUCGCUUAUCUGCACAACGAGCGUGAGCGGCUGAAGCGUUCGGUGGCCUUUCUUUUCAAGUCGAACGAGGAGAUGCGGGAAGCAGACGAGACCGACCCAGAUUUCUUGGAGGCCAUCUCGGAGAAUAUUGCUGUCAUUGACCGUCAGAGCAAGGCAAUCAAAGCCAUCGAGCUCAAGAUCAUGCAGCUAUCGGGGCCCCAUCGAUCUGAAGACUGCCUCGGCGAGAUCGUUGGGCCUGCUGUCCGUUCCUCUGCCCCCGCUCCCCCAGAGUCUGUGCCUCCAACGUCCUCGCUAGGUGCAGAAGUCAAUGCAGCGCCCACUCGGAUCGACUCAAGCGAUGGAGUCUUUUUGUGA